AUGUCGUCCAACACAUAUCCCACCAUGCUCACAAAGUUCGAGUCCAAGUCGUCGAGAGCAAAGGGCAUUGCCUUCCAUCCCAAGCGACCAUGGAUCCUCGUCUCUCUACACUCCUCCACUAUCCAGCUAUGGGACUACCGUAUGGGUACCUUGAUUGAUCGCUUCGAAGAACACGAUGGCCCCGUACGAGGUGUCGAUUUCCACAAGACGCAACCACUCUUCGUCUCCGGCGGUGACGACUACAAGAUCAAGGUCUGGUCGCUCCAGACUCGUCGCUGCCUCUUUACACUCAACGGCCAUCUCGACUAUGUCCGUACCGUCUUCUUCCACCACGAGCUCCCCUGGAUCAUUUCAGCCUCGGACGAUCAGACCAUUCGCAUCUGGAACUGGCAGAACCGCUCGCUGAUCUGCACAAUGACUGGCCACAACCACUACGCCAUGUGCGCUCAGUUCCACCCUAAAGAAGACCUCGUUGUCUCUGCCUCGCUCGAUCAGUCCGUCCGCGUCUGGGACAUCUCCGGCCUCCGCAAGAAGCACUCGGCUCCCACUUCGAUGACUUUUGAAGAUCAGAUGGCUCGCGCCAACGCAAACCAAGCAGAUAUGUUUGGCAACACCGAUGCUGUUGUCAAGUUCGUGCUCGAGGGCCACGAUCGUGGUGUCAACUGGGUCUCUUUCCAUCCCACCCUACCCCUUAUCGUCUCGGCUGGUGAUGAUCGCCUGAUCAAGCUCUGGAGAAUGAGUGAAACAAAAGCUUGGGAGGUUGAUACAUGCAGAGGUCACUUCCAGAAUGCCUCGGCCGCUCUGUUCCAUCCUCACCAGGACUUGAUUCUGUCCGUCGGCGAGGACAAGACUUUGCGCGUUUGGGAUCUCAACAAACGUUCCUCGGUCCAAUCAUUUAAGCGUGAGAACGACCGUUUCUGGACAAUUGCUGCUCACCCCGAGAUCAACCUUUUCGCCGCUGGUCAUGACAAUGGUGUUAUGGUCUUCAAGCUCGAACGUGAGCGUCCCGCUUCGGCCGUUUACCAGAACAACCUCUUCUACAUCACAAAGGAUAAGCAGGUCCGCUCCUACGACUUUACCAAGAACAUUGAGAGCCCUUCAAUGCUCUCACUCAAGAAGCUUGGCAGCCCCUGGGUACCGCCGCGUGCCAUCUCAUACAAUCCCGCAGAGCGUGCAGUUCUAGUCACUUCGCCUGCCGAUGGGGGUUGCUACGAAUUGAUCAACUUGCCCAGAGAUGCUUCUGGUGCUGUUGAGCCUACCAACUCUCUGCGCGGCACUGCAACCUCGGCUGUCUUUGUCGCCCGUAAUCGCUUCGCUGUUUUUAACCAGCCUAACCAGCAGAUUGACAUCAAGGAUCUUCAAAACUCGACCACCAAGACGAUUAAGCCUCCACCUGGCACCGUUGACGUCUACUUUGGCGGCACUGGCUGUUUGCUGCUCAUUACUCCUACUACGGUUGUUCUUUACGACAUUCAGCAGAAGAAGCAGCUUGCCGAACUUGCUGUCAACGGCGUAAAGUAUGUUGUCUGGUCCUCUGACGGUCUGUAUGCCGCCCUGCUUAGCAAGCACAAUGUCACUAUCGUCAACAAGUCCCUGGAACAGGUCAGCACGCUGCACGAGACCAUUCGCAUCAAGAGCGCUGUGUGGGAUGACACUGGUGUCUUGCUGUACUCAACCCUCAACCACAUCAAGUACACUCUUAUGAACGGCGACAAUGGAAUCGUUCGCACUCUCGAUCAGACUGUUUACCUUGUCCGUGUCAAGGGUAGAAGCGUCUACUGCCUUGAUAGAGCUGCAAAGCCCAAGGUCAUGACUAUUGAUCCAACGGAAUAUCGUUUCAAGAUGGCCCUUGUCAAGAGACACUACGAUGAGAUGCUGAACAUCAUCAAGAACUCGAGUCUUGUUGGUCAGAGCAUUAUCUCGUAUUUGCAGAAGAAGGGAUACCCUGAGAUCGCUCUUCAAUUCGUCCAGGACCCUCAGACUAGAUUCGAGUUGGCUAUCGAGUGUGGAAACCUCGAGGUUGCUGUUGAGAUGGCUAAGCAAUUGGACCGUCCCAAGCUCUGGCAACGCCUGAGCACCGAGGCUUUGGCUCACGGUAACCACCAAGUUGUUGAGAUGACCUAUCAGAAGCUUCGCAACUUCGACAAGCUGUCUUUCCUGUACUUGUCAACCGGUGAUGAGUCGAAAUUGCAGAGAAUGGCCAAGAUUGCUGAGCACCGUGGCGAUAUGACCUCUCGCUUCCAGAACUCUCUCUACCUUGGUGAUGUCCAAACCAGAAUCGACAUGCUCAAGGAGAUCGAUCAGUACCCUCUUGCCUACUUGACCGCCAAAGCCAACGGCAUGGAGGAGGAGUGCCAAAACAUUCUUGAAGCCGCUGGCCUCACAGAAGACCAAGUCACUAUGCCCGACACUGGAAAGCCGCUAUCGACUCCUGCCGUUAUUGUUCCAACCUUCCAGUCAAAUUGGCCCGUCAAGUCCUCCGGUGCUUCUUCAUUUGAGAAGGCCAUGCUUGCCGAUGGUGGUGCUGAAGAGGUCGCUCCCGCAACCAAUGGUUAUGAUGCCGACUUCCUUGAGGCCGAGACUGCAGUCCCUGAGGAGACUGCCGACAUUGAGCAAGAAGAUGAUGAAGAUGCUGCUGGUUGGGACAUGGGCGACGACAGCUUUGCCGAGGCGGAGGAAGAGUUCGUCAACGUCGAGACUGUGGAAGCAGGUGCUGGCAGCAGCGAGGCAGAAGUUUGGGCACGUAACUCACCGGUUGCCGCUGAUCACGUCGCCGCUGGGUCUUACGAGUCUGCUAUGAACCUCCUGAACAGGCAAGUAGGCGCAGUCAACUUCAAGCCUCUCGAGGCCAGGUUCGAGGAGAUUUACACUGCUUCGCGCACUUUCUUGCCAGCGAACCCUGAGCUGCCGCCACUUAUCAACUACGUUCGCCGCACACUGAAGGAUACCGACUCACGGAAGAUCCUGCCAUUCAUUCCCGGUGAUCUUGAGACGAUAAGCACUACUGAUCUGCAGGCUGGAAAGCAGUCGAUGCAAAAGAACAAGCUCGAAGAUGGUGUUCAAAUAUUCCGCAAGAUCUUGCAGACCUUGAUUGUCAACGCUGUCUCAUCGCAAUCACAAGUCAACGAGGCAAAGGAACUUAUUCAAACCGCUGCCCAAUACGUUCUUGCUAUGUCAGUCGAGUUGACUCGUAGAGAGCUUGUUGGAGGCACCACCGAUCUGAGCUCUUUCUCUGAAGAGGACAAGAAGCGGGCUCUUGAACUAUCGGCUUACUUCACGGUUCCUGCCAUUGAGCCUCAACACCAGACCUUGGCCUUGUUCACUGCCAUGAACUUUGCACACAAGAACAAGCAGCUGAGCAGUGCUCUCAACUUCGCGAACGCAUUGAUCGAAAGAGGAACGAACGCCCGUUUCAAGGAGAACGCAAAGAAGGUCAAGGCUGUAUGCGAACGCCAACCUGGCGAUGCGGUCGAAAUCGAAUACGAUUCAUUCGCCGAAUUCGACGUUUGUGGUGCAUCGUACACGCCGAUCUACAGCGGAGAGCAAAGUGUAAGCUGCCCCUAUGAUGGCAUCAAGUACCAAGCACAGUACAAAGGUACAGUCUGCAAAGUGUGCGAGAUCUGCGCCAUCGGAGCGCCGGCCAGCGGUUUGAGGCUGACUGUCUAA